UCUGGUGUCAUGGCCGCCGCCUGCGCGAGGUGCCGUUCGUGGCUGAGGUGGAGGGCGCAAGCAGCGCGGCCAGCGGUGGCAGCGGCCUCCUGGGGAAGCGGCACCAUGGGGCCUUGGCUGAGGGGGGCGGGCUGCCUUCGCCUGGCGCGGCUGGGGCCGGCUAGGGGCCUGUGGAGCUCGGCCCCUGGCUCCACUAAAAUGGUGUCUGUGGAUUUGGGGAGCAGAAAAUUAGAAAUCUCUUCUGGAAAACUGGCCAGAUUUGCUGAUGGCUGUGCUGUUGUGCAGCUAGGCGAUACAGCAGUCAUGGUGACAGCAGUCAGUAAAACAAAACCUUGUCCGUCUCAGUUCCUGCCUUUGGUGGUUGACUAUCGGCAAAAAGCUGCUGCGGCAGGAAGAAUUCCUACCAAUUAUCUGAGACGAGAACUGGGUUCCACGGACAAAGACAUUCUUACAAGCAGAGUAAUAGAUCGGUCAAUUAGACCACUUUUUCCAGCAGGCUACUUUUAUGAUACACAGAUCCUUUGUAAUCUUCUAGCUGUAGAUGGUAUCAACGAUCCUGAAGUACUGGCAAUCAAUGGAGCAUCCGCAGCCCUUGCAUUGUCAGAUAUCCCAUGGAAUGGUCCUAUUGGUGCGGUGAGAGUAGGAUUUAUUGAUGGAGAAGUGGUUGUUAAUCCCACUCGAAAAGAAAUGUCUUCCAGUACUUUGAAUUUAGUCGUAUCUGGAGCUCCUCGAAGCCAAGUUGUUAUGCUGGAAGCCUCAGCAGACAAUGUAUUGCAGCAGGACUUCUGCCAUGCCAUCAAAGUGGGCGUGAAGUAUUGCCAGCAAAUAAUUCAAGGCAUACAGCAACUGGCCAAAGAGCAGGGUAUUGCCAAGAGAACUGUCCAGAAGUUAUUCACAGCUCCCGAAGAGAUGGUGGAAUAUGCAAAGCAACUUGCAUCUGAAAAGAUCACUGCAGUGUUUUCCAACUUCGCCCAUGAUAAAAUUUCAAGAGAUGAAGCAAUUAACAGCAUCAGGCUUGAAACAGAAGAACAGCUGAAAGAAAAGUUCCCAGAGGCCGAGCCUUACGAAAUGAUGGAAUCCUUUAAUGUCGUUUCUAAAGAAAUUUUUAGAAAUCUUAUUCUGAAUGAAUACAGAAGAUGUGAUGGUAGAGACUUGACUGCACUUAGAAAUAUCACUUGUGAAGUGGACAUGUUCAAAACCCUUCAUGGAUCAGCAUUAUUUCAGAGAGGUCAAACCCAGGUCUUAUGUACAGUUACAUUUGAUUCUUUGGAAUCAAGUGUAAAGUCUGAUCUCAUCACAACAGCCUUAAGUGGAAUUAAAGAAAAAAACUUCAUGCUCCAUUAUGAGUUCCCUCCGUACGCAACUAACGAGAUUGGCAGAAUUACAGGUGUAAAUAGGAGAGAACUUGGUCAUGGUGCACUUGCGGAGAAGGCUUUGAAGCCAGUUAUUCCCAGUGGAUUCCCUUUCACAAUAAGGGUCACUUCAGAAGUAUUGGAAUCAAAUGGAUCAUCAUCAAUGGCUUCUGCUUGCGGUGGGAGUUUAGCAUUGAUGGAUGCAGGAGUUCCAAUUUCAUCUGCUGUAGCAGGUGUUGCUGUAGGUUUGGUUACCAGGCCUAAUUCUGAAAAAAAUGGAGAUAUUGAAGAUUAUCGCUUGCUAACUGACAUUCUGGGAAUAGAGGAUUAUAAUGGCGAUAUGGACUUCAAAAUGGCUGGAACCAAUAAAGGAAUAACUGCGUUACAGGCUGACAUCAAGCUACCAGGAAUACCCCUUAAAAUUGUAAUGGAAGCUAUUCAGCAAGCCACAGUGGCAAAGAGGGAAAUCUUGCAAAUUAUGAACAAGGCAAUAGCAAAACCGAGAGCAAGCAGAAAAGAGAAUGGACCACUUGUAGAAAGUGUUCAAGUGCCAUUAUCAAGAAGGGCAAGAUUUGUUGGCCCUGGAGGUUAUAAUUUAAAGAAACUUCAAGCUGAAACUGGAGUAACUGUUAGCCAAAUAGACGAAGAGACAUUUUCCAUAUUUGCUCCAACACCAGCUGCUAUGCAUGAAGCACAAGAAUUUAUUACCGAAAUCUGCAAAGAUGAUCAGGACUAUCAAUUGGAAUUUGGAGCUAUUUAUACAGCAACAAUAACUGAAUUGAGAGAUAUUGGGGUGAUGGUAAAAUUGUAUCCCAACAUGACUCCUGUUCUACUGCACAACUCUCAGCUGGAUCAAAGAAAGAUUAAGCACCCUAGUGCUCUUGGAUUAGAAGUUGACCAAGAAAUCCAGGUGAAAUAUUUUGGGCGCGAUCCAACUGAUGGUAGAAUGAGACUAUCGCGGAAAGUGCUUCAAUCCCCAGCCACAUCGGUUGUUAAAACCCUAACUGACAAAAACAAUAUAGUAAUUGGAGGUGCAGUUCCAGAGUCUGCUAGUUCACCAUCAUAGCAACUUUCGAAAGCAUAGAAAGCAUUCUGGACUUACCAGAACUGUGACUCUUUGAAAGCGACUGAAUAAUUGUUGCGAAAUGGCAGAUUCUUAAUCAUGCAGAUUUGUAUACCACCCACACAUGUUUUAAAUUUUGUAUAAAUAUUAUUGGACACUUGUUAACUUUCAGUUAUGUUUUUGCCCCCAUGGGGUUUUUCCUUUGAAAAACAUAAGCCCAUUGCAGCCCCUUUAUAAAUCAUGUAAAACUUGAGAUUGACAUUUCCAAGCAACAGGAGUGUUAGUCCUCAGACCAUAUACAAAGGAACGAUACCUAAUUAGCCUUACCUCUUUUGCUAAAGAGGUGUGUUAAAGAUACCUAGAUACACAUGUGCUUUCAGUUUUCUUCUAUGUGCUGAUGUGCUUGCAAGAACGCUGUUGUUGUUUUUUAAAAAAACAGUUCAUUCUCUUGCAUGAUGGUUUUACAAACUUGACAACAGGAAAUGGCCUCCAAAAUGUAUAUGAGACUCUACAGUAGGCUUAGUUUGAAGCCCUUUUAGUAGAGUUUUAUGUGCAUCUUUUCUCUUAGAAACUAAUAGGGCUGGGGGAGAGGAAUCUGAUAUUUAUAACAUUGAGAGAACUGUGCUACAUGACUUGCAAAUAAAAGUUUGAACAAA